GAUUAUUCAGAUCAGGACUAAAUAAAACAAUCUAAAUGCAAUUUUAAUGAUAUAUAUAUUUAUUAUUAUUAUCAUUUUGGAGAUUCUGCAAGAGGUAUGUAAAUUUAUGAGCACGACUGUACCAUUACAAACCAGUAGCUAACCAUUAAAACCAUUACCAUUAACAUAGUGUUGCUGUGUUAAGGAACAAUAAAGUAAAAUGGACAGAAUGACAAAUCCCCAUAGCUAAUAAUUACAUGACAGAGAAAAAUAUUAUGGCUCGUGUUAAUGUUUGAGUUUUUUUCUGGGUCCUUGUCGCAUCAAAUGCUGCAAAAGCCACAACCUUUCCUGUCGUCUUUACGUACUCGGGCGCCAUCUGCUGUUCAGACAUUAAUGCUGCAUCUCUGCAUGCGUUUUUGGAAAUGUGCAGAAUUUGGCUCCAUCCCUGGAAUCCUGGAACACGAGAACUUCUUAUCGCGACCUCCACGUUGCGUGUCAGUGACCGGUAACAAACAACAUUGUCUCGGACAGUAUUGUUUACACGCGACUGACGGGCGCGAGGCAGGAGGUGGAGAGAUAUAUAAACACACUCCGGGAGGCAGGUGUAGGAUUUACAGCAUAUCUGCUCAAGCGGAAUACCUCAAGCGUCCCAUCAGUCCGCGUCACAGUAACGUAAAGGAAGGUAGAACUUUUUACCUCAUUACUUUUUGCGUUCUGACAUAAAUCAGACAACCCCCCCCCUGAGAUUAUUUCUUUAUCAUGGAAUUACGGAUUAUUUUCCCCAUGUUGUCCAUGCUUUCUUCAGGAAUCUUCCACACAGCUGUACCUGAGUCUGUGGGCGAAGCAGCAGCUGCUUCACUCAGCACGCGCUACUCCAGACCCAAGCGAUGCUCGUGCGCAACUUUUCUGGAUAAAGAAUGCGUGUAUUUCUGCCACCUGGACAUAAUUUGGGUCAACACUCCAGAGCGCACUGUAUCUUAUGGACUGGGCAACGCGCCCCGCAAGAAGCGCUCAGCGCGAGAAAUGUCUCGCACUGCCGAACUCUCGCGUUGCGAGUGCGCAGACAGCACCGACGGCACGUGCGUGUCGUUCUGUCACACACGCAACUCGCAAAGGCGUAAGGCAGCGCGUGACAAGGUGAUCCCUACCGCCGGCGGCCAUGACGGUGCCGAAAAGACGCGGAAAUGCGACCUGGCAUCCAAGACGUCUGGGAUUAAAAGAGAUCAUAAAAGAGCUGAGGCCUCAGUUGCAAGGGCCACCAGGCAGCUUCAGCUACUCCUGAAGAAAUGGAGAACGAGGUUGUCUCUCAACCCACCAGACUGGGCUGCUGAAAAUGUCACCUCCUAGAGGCAGACCCAUGGCCCAGGACUUUACAAGCCACGCAGAGAAAGGGGUUUUCCAAGCCGAGGCUGGCUUCUCCCGAAGCAGCCAGUCAUACGCCACACAUCCACUGCGAUGUGUAGGACCCUUCACGCACAGAGGGUCUUGCAAAUAUGACUCCUGUGGUGAUAAUGUUUUCACCGGGAAGCUUUCGACUUUGUGGAUAAGUUUCAGAGGGAAACAAAAACAAGGACCUCUUUCAAAUCAUGAAGUUAAACUCACUUUAAUUUCUUACGGCAUAACUAGUUGUGGAAACGUAUAUAUUUGAAUUGGAACUGUUUUUAAACAGUCAAGUGCUACAUCCAUAUAUAGUGCAGAAGUGUGUCUGGUGACAUGUACAGAAUGUUAUGAAGAAUGCUAAUUAAGAAAAUUGGCAGGACAUUUAUUUUGCUACAAUACUGGAUGCUCUUUCUUUAAUAUGUUCAGUUCUUUUUACAGGCUGUAUACUGAUGUAGCUGAAACUAUUAAAGCAUUUAUGUUAAAUGAAUGCAUUUAAAAUCAAGCCAUAUUGGCCCAACUGUCAUAUUUCUAUGAAAUGCUGUCAUACCGUAGCCAUGAUUGUGGUCUACAUUAUAGGAAAUAAAUAACUAAUAUUAUUUAAAAUGUCA